GGAAGAAACUUUUUUGUGGGUGACGUGUGAACUAAUUUCCCACCCAUUUCCUCUGCCGUAUUCACCCACAGAAUACCACACACCAAAUCUUGCUUUCCACAGAAAAGAUUGUGACAGAGAAGCAAUCCACAGCACACAGAAACAACAACAAUACAACUUGAUCACUCUUCUACAUGCUCCACCUCUCAUCUGCAUGAAAGAAAAGAAACCCCCAUCAUCAAUGGCUCACCACCAAUCCUCUGCUGAUCAGAUUCCUCAUCAACCAUUGGAACUGCACCAACCCAAAGACAACACCACCACAGAGAAAGAACGACAAGAAAAAGAUGAUGCAUCUGCCUUAAAAACCCAUUUCAGUGAUGUUGAGGCAACUACAGAGUGCAGUAGUGGACGUGAGAGGUUGAAGAGGCAUAGAGUUGAAGUGGCUGGGAGGGUUUGGAUUCCUGAUAUUUGGGGACAUGAGAAGCUCUUGAAGGAUUGGAUAGAUUGUGCAGUGUUUGAUGCUCCUUUAGUUCCAACCAAACUCCUCAUGGCACGACAAGCUCUUGUUCAAGAGGGAAGAAGAAUGGAAAUAUAGGUGUUGAAUUUUAUUUAUUUCUGUGAUUUUUGUAAUAAUAUUAUUUAUUUCUGUGAUUUUUACUAUGAAUAUAUUGCAUAUCCGCCAUGUGAAUCUUAAUUUUAGAAGCUGUUGAUACUUGAUGCAUCAUAAAAUUAUGGUAUUCUGAAGAUUUAAAUCUGGAA